AAACAAAAAUAAAAAAAGGAAAGCAAAACACAGAUAAAAAGAAAAGGAGAGAGAAAAAGAAAGAGAAAAAUUGUCAAUUUAUUUUUUUCAUUUUUGAACAACUGAAGAGGGGCGGGUGCUUUGCUUGUUGUUAGUCACCCUCCUCUAAAUUUUUUCCCCAAAUUUUCUCAGAUUUUUUUGAUUGGGUUGUUUGUUUCUUGUAAAUUUUACAAAAGAACAGAGAAACAAAGAACAAAGGAAGAAGAAGAUGGGUUGUUUUUUUGGGUGUUCUGGAAAUUCUAACAAGAAAAAGCGAUCAGAAAACCCUAAUCAUAAUCCUAAAGAUUUUGUCAAUUCUAAUUUUAAGAAUAAAGCCCAGGAUCGUACAUCUUCUACUGCAGACGAAUCAGCUGCUAAGCAACAAUUGGACUCCAGAAGGGAUGUUAAUGCAAGGAGGGAGGAGGCUAGGGAAGUGACUGUUCCGUCUUCGGAUGCUAGACCGACGGAUGGUAGGGUGUCGGGUGUGACUGAUGUUACAGUCCAAGGUGACCCUAGUAGGUCCAAGGCGCGGACAUUUACGUACCAAGAGCUUGUGGAUGCAACCAAUAAUUUUCGAUCAGGCUUCCUAGGCGAGGGUGGCUUUGGCAAAGUGUAUAAAGGGAAAUUAUUGGAUACUAGUGAGGUGGUUGCAAUCAAGCAACUUGAUCGUAAUGGAGUACAGGGCAUCAGGGAAUUUGUUGUUGAAGUGGUGACACUUAGUCUAGCUGAUCACCCUAAUCUUGUGAAAUUAAUUGGGUACUGUGCUGAGGGUAAUCAGAGGCUAUUGGUGUAUGAGUACAUGCCACUAGGAUCCUUGGAAAGCCAUCUACACGACCUCCGAAAUAAGCAGAAGGCUCUUGAUUGGAACACAAGGAUGAAAAUAGCUGCUGGGGCGGCUAGGGGCUUAGAAUAUUUGCAUGACAAGAUGCAGCCACCUGUAAUAUACCGUGAUUUGAAAUGCUCAAAUAUCUUGCUUGGCGAGGGCUAUCAUGCUAAAUUGUCGGAUUUUGGGCUGGCCAAAGUAGGUCCAGUUGGAGACAAUACUCAUGUAUCGACUCGGGUGAUGGGUACAUAUGGUUAUUGUGCACCAGAUUAUGCAAUGACGGGUCAGCUGACUUUUAAAUCAGAUAUAUACAGUUUUGGUGUUGUUUUAUUGGAGCUUAUCACAGGAAGAAAAGCAAUUGAUAGCACAAAAGACGGGCGCGAACAGAAUCUUGUUGCUUGGGCAAGACCAUUGUUCAAAGACAGAAAGAAAUUUCCUCAAAUGGCAGACCCAGCCCUUCUAGGCCAAUUUCCCUCGAGAGGAUUGUAUCAAGCUCUUGCAAUCGCUGCAAUGUGUGUUCAAGAGGAACCUUCUAAAAGGCCUUCUGUAUAUGAUGUGGUCACUGCUUUAAAUUACAUUGCUUCUCAGAAGUAUGAUCUUGAGGUACAUACUCCCCACCAUCGAAGAACCCCGUCUUCCUCCAACAAUAAAAAAGAUUACAGUGAUAGUAAGAUGCCUGAAGCUGAAGACAGCCGAAAUGAGAAUGAUUCAGAAGACUAGAAGAUGGAAUAAUCAAAUGACGUAUAUCCAGUAAUCCAGUAUAGUUCUUGCAUAUUGAAAGAUUUUUUGUUUUUUGAUAUUGAUCAUACAAGUGGGUGCUCUGUUAUCGAAUUUUGUAACGCUCAGAUAACAGGUGUGACUUCAACCAUAUUGACAGGACCGGAGUUUCUCCACCUCAUCCGCUCUGCUGUGUACAUGUGAGAUGUGGAUCGUUCUUUUUCUCUUCAGUUUUUUGUACGUAAGAAUUAAGAUACCUAUACCGUAGGUAGUUGUCUUAGAGAAAAAAUAAUCAUCAUCAAUAAUAAUGAUUGUACUUCUUACAUCAUGUUACUCCUUUGUUUUGUCAUCUGAAGUCCAGUACUGGAUUAAAUGUCCCAUCUAGUAACUAGUCCUUCCUGAUAUUGGCAUCUUCAUAUGUAAGUAAAUGGUGAUUUGGAUAAUAGGUGAUGGAGUAUAAGACGGGAUCCAUAAUACUGUAAUAUGGAGAAGUACAUAAGUUGGAGCAGUAAUGCAGUUUGAAGGGUCGCGACCCUUAACAUGUUCAGAUUCAUGAGAAGGAUGGUAAUAGCGGAAGUUUUUGUACUGUUAUAGCGGAAGUUUUUUUGCAUUGUAAAUUUGUAAGUGAAAGUUAUGGAUGGUAAUUGCACUGUAAUUGUGGAAGUUUUUUGCAUCGUCAUUGAAAGUUCUUAGGAGUGAUGUUUGUUGCA